UCACAGAUUUUUGGCAUUGCUCACAAUGUCUGGCGAACAGGAAACAGGGAGCUACUAUUUGGGUGUGGAUGUUGGAACUGGCAGUGUCCGAGCAGCUCUGGUGGACCAGUGUGGUGUCCUUUUGGCUUUUGCAGACCAUCCAAUUAAGAAGUGGGAGCCUCAGUUCAACCACCAUGAGCAGUCCUCUGAGGACAUCUGGGCUGCAUGCUGUGUUGUCACAAAGAAAGUUGUACAUGGAAUUGAUUUAAACCGAAUUCGAGGACUUGGGUUUGAUGCCACAUGUUCUCUGGUUGUUUUAGAUAAGCAGUUUCAUCCUUUGCCGGUAAACCAUGAAGGGGAUGCUCAUCGAAAUGUCAUCAUGUGGCUGGACCAUCGUGCAGUCAGCCAGGUCCAGAGGAUCAACAAGACCAAGCAUAGAGUCUUGCAGUAUGUUGGGGGAGUGAUGUCUGUGGAAAUGCAGGCCCCAAAGCUUCUGUGGCUGAAGGAGAACUUGAGAGAGAGUUGCUGGGACAAGGCGGGACAUUUCUUUGAUCUCCCAGACUUCUUAUCGUGGAAGGCAACAGGUGUCACAGCACGGUCACUCUGCUCACUGGUGUGCAAAUGGACAUACUCAGCAGAAAAAGGCUGGGAUGACAGUUUCUGGAAGAUGAUUGGUUUGGAAGACUUUAUAACAGACAAUUACAGCAAAAUAGGAAAACAAGUGCUACCACCCGGAACUCCUCUUGGAAAUGGGCUCACACCAGAGGCAGCAAAAGACCUUGGCCUUCCCUCUGGGAUUGCAGUGGCAACCUCACUCAUUGAUGCCCACGCAGGAGGACUAGGAGUGAUUGGAGCAGAUGUGAGGGGUCAUGGCCUCGCCUGUGAGGGACAGCCAAUGACAUCACGGCUGGCCAUCAUCUGUGGAACGUCUUCUUGUCACAUGGGGAUCAGCAAGGACCCAAUUUUUGUACCUGGUGUCUGGGGGCCUUAUUUCUCAGCCAUGGUUCCUGAUUUCUGGUUGAAUGAAGGUGGCCAGAGUGUUACUGGGAAAUUGAUAGACCACAUGGUGCAGGGCCAUGCUGCUUUCCCUGAACUACAAGCCAAGGCCACAGCUAGUUGCCAGAGUGUAUAUGCAUAUUUGAACAGUCACCUGGAUCUGAUUAAGAAGGCUCAGUCUGUGGGUUUCCUCACUGUUGAUUUGCAUGUUUGGCCAGAUUUCCAUGGCAACCGGUCUCCCUUAGCAGAUCUGACACUAAAGGGCAUGGUCACUGGAUUGAAACUGUCCCAGGACCUCGAUGAUCUUGCCAUUCUCUACCUGGCCACAAUUCAGGCAAUUGCUUUUGGGACCCGCUUCAUUAUAGAGGCCUUGGAGGGAGCAGGCCAUUCCAUUACAACUCUUUUCUUGUGUGGAGGCCUGAGUAAGAAUCCUCUUUUUGUGCAAAUGCAUGCAGACAUCACUGGCAUGCCUGUGGUCCUGUCACAAGAGGUGGAGUCUGUUCUUGUGGGUGCUGCUAUUCUGGGUGCGUGUGCCUCGGGGGAUUUUGCUUCUGUGCAGGAGGCAAUGGCCAGAAUGAGCAAAGUUGGAAAAGUCGUGUUUCCAAGACAUGAGGAUAAAAAGUUUUAUGACAAGAAAUAUCGAGUAUUCCUGAAGCUGGUUGAACACCAGAAAGAGUACGCGGCAAUCAUGCAUGGGGACUGAACAAUGCAUUGGCUGCACUGGGUACCUCCAUCAUUUCAUUUCUUACUGAGGCCCUUUUGAUAUCAUAUCAUGAUUUCUGCAUUGUAUGCCAAUAAAGAAAACUACAUAU